AUGGUUCAAAGUCAAGACUGGUGUAAAGCAGGGAUGCCCAAUGUCCGGAUUUUCAUUGACUGGAUAAUGAAAAUACCACAGCAGGAGGAAAUACAGGAAUCAGGUAGUUGGAAGUUUACAUCAAAGUUGGAUAAUCUAGACUUCACAGAUGAUAUCGCACUAAUAUCAGCUAGCUAUAGACAGAUGAAAGAGAAAACUGAGAGGCUAGUGCAGGAAGCAAAGAAAACAGGAUUAAAAGUAAAUGAGAAGAAAUCAAAGUUACUUAAGAUAAACAGCAACAACGAUAGAAAAAUCAAGAUAGGAGGAAACGAGAUAGAGGAAGUAAACGAAUUUACAUAUUUGGGAGCAGUUGUGAGUAAGGAAUGA